CUAGCUAGCUCGCUCCCCAAAAACCGAACUGUGUACCACUUAACAAAGAUGAGUACCAUUACCACCAUGACCCAACUUCUUCAAAGCUUAACUUCUUCUCUUCUACUAAUUAUGAUCACUACCCUCUUUUUACUCUCCUCCGGCUUAUCGGAACAAGCUGUUUCCGGUGACGGGGAGUUGAGAACUUACAUGGUCCUCUUGAGACGACCGGAAGGUGCAGCGUUUUCUCUCCAAUCAGCCGAUGACGUGGACGAGUGGUACCAUUCAUUCUUGCCUCCAAGUACUGCUUCAGAACGACAGCACCCGUUGGUUCACCGUUACCGGCACGUGGUGACGGGGUUCGCCGCCGAACUGACGGCGGAAGAAGUGAAGACGAUGGAAACGAAAGAAGGGUUCGUGAGAGCCUGGCCGGACAAGAUUCUGUCUCUGGCCACCACGCACAGCCAGGAGUUCAUGGGAUUGCACCAAAACGCUGGCGUUUGGAAGUCCACUAACUACGGCAAGGGAGUCAUUAUUGGAGUUGUGGACACAGGAACAACGCCAGGUCACCCAUCAUUUAGCGACGAGAAGAUGCCUCCGCCGCCGGCAAAAUGGAAAGGUAAAUGUGAGCUCGCCUACGGCUCCACUUGCAACAAAAAGCUAAUUGGGGCGCGUAACUUCUACGCGCCGGGAACUCCUAUGGCCGACGACGACAACGGCCACGGCACCCUCACUUCGAGCAUAGCAGCGGGCAGCCCGGUCAAAGGCGCGAGCUUGUUCGGGCAAGCGAACGGGACGGCCGUCGGCACCGCACCGCUGGCCCACGUGGCCGUCUACAAGGCCUGCAGCGCCGACGGAGGGUGUCCUCAGAGCGCCGUGCUUGCCGCGAUCGACGCCGCCGUGGGGGACGGCGUCGACGUGAUUUCGCUCUCCAUGGAAGCCGACUCGGUCCCUUACUACGAGGACCCAAUUGCGGUUGGAGCGUACGGGGCGAUUCGGAAGGGAGUUUUUGUGAGCUUGGGAGCUGGAAACGGCGGCCCAGCCGCCGGCACCGUCGUGAAUGAUUCGCCGUGGGUUCUGACAGUCGGGGCCAGCACGAUUAACCGGAAAAUAAAAGCGACGGUGCUUUUGGGUAAUAACGCGGAGCUGGUCGGCGAGUCCCUCAUCCAGCCUCGCGAUUUCCCGUUGACGUUGUUGCCGCUUAUUUACGCCGGCGCCGGGACGAAUGCAUCUUCUGCUUUCUGCAUUCCAGGAUCGUUGAAGACCAUGGACGUUAAGGGGAAAAUCGUGCUAUGUACCAAACUAAAUGGCAGCAACAGAGCAACAAGAAUUGCCGCGGGCCAAGAAGUGAAAGACAACGGCGGCGCCGCCAUGAUCCUAAUGAACGAGCAAGCUGGUGAUUCCGUCACUCCACCCGACCCGCACGUGCUCCCGGCGUCGCACGUGAGCCACGAGGCCGGAUACUUCAUCAAAACCUACAUAAGGUCAACGCCGUCGCCGACGGCCACCAUCGUGUUCAAAGGGACCGUGCUGCUGGUCCCGGACGCUCCCCAGCUCGCCAUGUUCUCAUCAAGAGGCCCAAGCCCACAAACCUCUGGGAUCCUGAAACCGGACGUUAUUGGGCCUGGGGUGAACAUCCUGGCAGCCUACCCAACAUCACAGGAAAAUACCCAAAACACGCCCUUCGCUAUGGCUUCGGGGACUUCCCUGUCUACUCCUCACCUGAGUGGAGUUGCUGCUCUAAUCAAAACCGCUCACCCUGAUUGGUCACCUGCAGCUAUAAAAUCCGCCCUCAUGACCACUACAUUUGUACUAAAUCUCAACAACAAAGGUAUCGUCGACGAAGAUUUCCACAGCGUUGGGUGUUUCGAUAUGGGCGCGGGUCAUGUUAACCCAGAGAGAGCGAUCCACCCGGGUUUGGUUUACGAUAUCGAACCAAAGGAUUACGUGGGUUUUAUGUGUGGUAUGGGUUACAAUGACACGGAAGUUAGCGUCGUUGUGAAUCGUGGAGUAAGCUGCUCGAACCGGUCUAGCAUUACUGCUUCUCAAUUGAAUUACCCAUCGAUUUCGAUCACGUUGGGUUGGACCCCACAGACUUACACGAGGAUCGUGACGAAUGUUGGAGUGGCGAACUCGACUUACCGGGUCAACGUUGUCGAGCCGGAGGGUGUUUAUGUCAGAGUAACACCCACCAUACUCGUAUUUCAAGAAUUGAACCAGAAGUUGACGUAUUCGGUCACGUUUAACAGGAAGCAAGGACUCAUGAGAUCUCGUGCACUGGCACAAGGCUCGAUGAGUUGGUUUUCUUUCAGUGGAUUUGUAGUUACAAGUCGAAUCACAGUCCAUUGA